UUUCAAGGCCCACAUCAGGGAUGUCUAUUCCACUCUGACUAGUGAAGAUGGUAAAGAUGUUAAAUGGGAUCUAUCCAAAAGCUGCCAUGAGGGUGCAUUUCAAGACCAAAAAAAGGCAUAAAAAAAACAAAGACACCAACAGAAAAGUAGAAGUGCUCCAAGACCAGCGCAUUAGGAGUAGGAAGAAUACAAAACGUUUGAAACGCUGCAAAGCUCUAUUCCAAUCUACAUCUAUUGGGGAAGAGGAAAAAGAGAAAUACCGCUUGUGCCUCUCAUCUGCAGAUUACAUGUCCUCAGAACAUUCAAUGUCUGAGGACAACAGUGCUGGGAACAGCAGUUCUGAGGACGAAGCCCCCUCAAAACAAAAGGUGCUAUGUAGGAGGCCUCUUAUGUGGAGGAGCAGUGAGCUAAACUCUCUGUUUAGCCGAUUAGAUAGAAAGAGUGCGAGAAGUGGUCACAGAGGAGUGCCUCUAUGA